AUGGCCUCGGACCUCGUCGCGUACGUCUCCAAGCUGCUGCCGGGCUCGGCCCUGCCCGAUCUGACGGCAAACAUCAAGAAGAAUGACUUGGCUCCCGUCGUGGCGGCCGUUCACCCCAAACUAUCGCAACUGCUGGCGCUAGAGGCCGAGACAGACGUGGAGGGCGCUUUCGUCCUGCUGUUCGACGUGGUCGUGCAGAUUCCUAACGCACAGGACGAAGCGCUUAAGAUCCUGCAGGUUAUUAAGAACGACAGUAAGGCCAGCGCUGUGCUGCGUCUACGCGUGGCCGCCGCGCUCUUCAAUAAAGCCAAGACGCUGCCCAAGGUGCAGCUCCAGGCGCUGCUGAGCGUUCUGGACCUGGCCCGAAGCUCCAACAACGUGGAUCUGGUGGCCCCCUACUUGACGCAAGUGGAUACACUGCUGGCCACGCACACCCUCAGCGUGGAGGACCGUCGCGCGCUUCUAUUGGCCGUGGCCGACGUGCUGGACGAGGCCAACGACAAGCUCAAGGUGCUGGCCGUAUUGGAGCAGUACUUGGCUACAUACGAGCAGGGACAGGUGGCCAAGGAACAAGCAAAGCGGGCCGUCCAGAUCGUGCUGCAGAACCCCGUGGCCAGCUUCCUGGCCCGCGUAGACUUGGCGGCCAACUCGGUGGUCCAGGCCUCGCUCAAGGGCGACAAGACGCUGGAGCUGCUGGACAUUGUGUCUACCAAGACACUGAAGGAGUUCGUGGCCUUCCAGAAGAACGCAACGGCAGUCUUUAAGGACAACGGCCUGGUCGAGGCCGAGCUGGCCGACACCAUGCGGCUGUUCACGCUGUGCACGCUGCCCACAGGCUUCCAGGCGAUCUCGUACGCUGACGUGGCCGCCGCUCUGGACGUGGCCGGACAGGACGUGGAGAAGUGGGUCGUGCGGGCCAUCACGGCCGGCGUCGUGAGCGCCAAGAUCGACCAGCUGGCCCGCACUGUGACCAUCUCGCGCUCGCUCCAGCGCCGCUUUGGUGCCGAGCAGUGGAAGGAGAUCGACGUCAAGCUACAGCUGUACAAGAAGAACGUCGGUGGUCUGCUGGAUAUUAUCAGGAACGCGCGACGUGCUCAGGAGCAGCAGUGA